AUGGGGGAUGUCAAAGCUAUAUAUUGGUUUGCUGAAAGUGGAUUCCCUAUCGAAAGAAUUGAUUCAAAACUUUACACCCACAUCUUUUGCGGUUUUGCCAAGCUUAAUUCCGAAACCAACCAAUUAGUUAUAUCCCCAAAUCACCAACACUACUUCUCAAGUUUCACACCAACUGUCCAGCAAAAGAACCCUAAUGUUAAAACCUUGAUAUCUAUUGGGGGUGGAGGCAUCAACACAACUGCUUAUGCCAACAUGGCUAGCCAACCCGGGACGCGUAGAACAUUCAUUGAUUCAUCGAUCAAGUUGGCUAGGGCUUAUGGAUUUCACGGCCUUGAUCUUGAUUGGGAAUUCCCAUUAGAUAACACUCAGAUGGCCAACCUUGGCAAGCUUGUUGACGAGUGGCGGGUAGCUGUGGAAGCCGAGCAUAGGAGCUCAGGUAAGGAGGUGUUGCUUUUGACGGCAGCGGUUUCCUUUGGACCGAUAUUAUGGGGGGGAAGGAGCUAUCCUUACCCGUCAAUAGCCAGAAGCUUAGAUUGGAUUAAUGUGAUGUCUUAUGACUUCUAUUCCCCUGUCGACCGGGGGGAUGAUGAAAAAAGUCUCACACGUGCACCUGCGGCCCUAUUUGACCGCACCUCUAAUGUAAGUGGGAGCUACGGACUCAAUGCUUGGAUUCAAGCUGGUGUUCCCGCAAACAAGCUGGUUCUCGGGAUUCCCUUCUAUGGGAUUGGUUGGAGGCUUGUAAAUCCUAAUGCUCACGGGCUUAACGCAAAGGCAAAUGGUCCGGCUGGUCCUGGUGAUAGCACGUUUGAGUACCACAAGAUCCGAAAUAUGAUCCAAAAUGGAGCAGGUCAUGAUUUUAAUGAUAUUGUUGUCACAAAUUAUUGUUAUGCAGGUACGACAUGGAUCGGCUACGAUGAUACUGAAAGUGUCGAAACCAAGGUUAUUUAUGUUAGGAGUAAUCGCUUUCGUGGUUACUUUGCAUGGCACGUUGGGGCGGAUUUGAAUGACGAGCUUUCCAGGGCAGGUAGUUAA